AUGCCGCCCGUUCCACCACUCUUUGUCCUCCAGAUCCCCCCAUCAACAGUCACCUCGCCUGCUCAGAGUCAACAAGGAAAUUUCAUUUGUACACAGGCUGCCCCUCAAGUCUAUCUUCUCUCCUUCUCGAGUCCUCCAGACAAUCGUCUCACUCCUGCGUUCAAUCAAACAUUUCUGCUGGCUCUCGACAUCAUCGAGCACCGCCUACCCCGUGGGGUCGUCGUCACCACAUCAUCUCUCACCAAAUUCUAUUCCAAUGGCCUCGACUAUGAGAACGCCAUCCGAGAUCCAACAUUUUUACAGAACAGUCUGUAUCCUUUGUGGAGACGCCUCAUAACCUACCCUAUGCCUACAGUGGCAUUGGUGAACGGUCACGCCUUCGCAGGCGGUUUGAUGACGGCCAUGAUGCAUGAUUACCGGAUCAUGAACCCCCACAAGGGCUUCUUGUGUCUGAAUGAAUUGGAUUUUGGCGCCCCUCUUCAACCGGCAAUGGCAUCCGUCUUCCGUGUCAAAUUGAAUAUGACGACGUUCAGGAAUAUGGUCUUGGAGAGCAAGAGAUUUUCAGCCCUCGAAGCGUUGAAAGAGGGCAUCAUUGACGGUGUUGGCGGUGUCGAUGAGACGCUUAACUUCAUCAAAGAGAUGAAGCUGACUCAAAAGGCCCAAGGGAGAUCAUACGGGCUGAUCAAAGAGGAGCUAUAUCGCGAGGUGGUUAAAGAUCUCGAUGAGGGUGCCGCCACACCAAGAAUCGGGGCAGCCCGAGAUGUUGACAGAAAUCGGAGGGAGUUGGAGGCGAAGAAGAGAGUAGAUGAGUAUCAAUCUGUGAUACAGAAAGCAAAGCUGUGA